GCAUAGACGCUGAUUAAGUUGGUUCUCAUAGUCGCUGCGCAUAGUGAAUUACAUUUUGGGAUGAGUUUCUUCAAUGUCGCGUGCUGAGGCUUCUCUGGAAUCUGGAAGUGGAUUCGAUGAAGAGAUCAGUCGGUUCAUGUCUGCCGUUCAUGGCGAGAAUUUGAUUGAGUUAUUACGUCAGAAAUGUGCCAUAGGCACUGCAAUAAGUGAAACCCUUACAGGUUCCGAUGCUAUCACAUUCACUCAAUCACUGUCUUAUCGCAAAUUGUGGCAUAGUAACUUUGACGAAAGCAAUUACAAUGUAGCUCCCAAACGUGAUUGUAUAAGUGCUGAUCUUUACUGUGUAUUUCAUCAGCAGGUAUGUGAAGAUUGGCAAUCCCUAGAAUGCGCCUUGGAGCGUAGUUUACGCAUUUUUGACAUAAUUCCACAUCGGAAGGCAUUGAUACAUUUGACUGAUCCUAAGGUCAGUUGCCUCAAUUUGCUAUCGUUAUGCCUUGGUUUGAAUAAUGUCCUUUUUAUCGGUUUACACAAUGUACCCCAAAGUGGUUCAUUGCCAGGUCCUUAUUUAGGAUUAAUGAAUCCUGGUUCUCGAGAGUCAUUUUUGGCUGCACUGCUUGAGUUUGAGAGUUUAUAUAACAGCAAGUCUGGUACUAUGUCUCAUGACUCCAAUUCGGAUUUUCCAGACUAUGAUUGUAAUGGUCGUUUAGCUGAGAUAUCGUAUUUGGCUUCUGAGUUUGAUGACUUGUUUAAUUAUAUUUUAUACGAUUCGGACUGUUACAGCAACUACACUAAGCCCUUGUUACAGCGCAUGUACUCAAAUAGGGUAUAUGGAAGGCUGAUGCUGGCAUUGUUUGCGCCGGGACGUCGAGAUGAUUACCGUAAUCAGAAGUUACCAACGAUUCUCAAGCGUUUUAAUGAGUUGUUACGCAUUGUAUGCCGUAUGUUGAAUGACAUUGCAUCGUCUAAAAUGUCGGUUGUCAAAAAUGAAGCUCGUAACUUUGGCACCAUGGCUGUGAUAACAUUGAUAUAUUCUUAUCUGUAUGCCAUAUUAAGUGUUCCGUUUUAUUUGACUCCGUGGUAUAAGGUUGGCGAGAAUGAAUCGUGCACUUGCCACGUAUCUCUAAAAUGCAGCAAUACGGAUGUGGAUACAGAUUCUAUAUGCACCGAGCCCUCUAUCCCAGAUGACUUAUCAGUGACCACUUCUUCAUCGCAUCUUUCCAUGUUUGAACUUAAUUCAUUACCUUCUCAGGAUCACAUUGGCCUUCUAGGUGUAGAUUUCGCUUCUGCAGCUGCUGACGCUGCCUGUGUCGAGAGUACUCGUCGUCGUGAUGUUAUGAUGUCCUAUGCAGUUGGGAUCCUUGGGAAUGAUUGUGGUUGGCUUGGCCGUUGUGAGCGUUAUGUUGAUAUGAUUGACAACUACAAGUUGAGUUUAUGUUGGUAUCGCCGUCCAUUCUUCAGCAGUUGCAUGAUGACUAAUUAUAAAAAGGUCUUUCCCUGGUUAAUGCUGUUCCACCAAUCUAAUGUAGGUCCUUGCGGUUAUGCCUGGUUCGAAUGGCAGGGUAAGACUGUUGAGUCCUGGUCUUCGAUCCCUUUGUGGCGUAAUAAUAUACCACCAGCUGGUGGUGGAUCACAGUCAGGUGGAGACUGCAUUCGUUGUUUAAAGCGACUUGUAUCACUGCGUGUGAGGGACUGCGUUUCUUUUAUCUUCGAUCUUGAAUCAGAGAUUAAGCGCGGUGUUCGUCGACAAACCAGUACCUAAUGGUCAAAAUGAUAUAUUACUUCCAUAGUUCGUGUUGUAGUGUAUAUCCAUUUAUCUCUAG